GAGAGAGAGAGAGAAUUGAUUCCCUGCACUAAUAGACUACGCCAGGCUAAGUCAUGGCCCAUGAGUAUCCCUCGUGAACCACUUCUCUCCAUCUUUGUCCUUAUCCUCUCCACUAUUACUUAAUAAAAACUUUUCAGUAAAAAAAGAGCAAGUUCUCCGUUGCAGUAGUGUAGAAGAGAGAGAGAAAGAGGUAAUGGAGGUUGGAGAUGGAGGUUCUUUUUUGAGGCAACUAAGUCAUGGAGGAGGAGGAGGAGGAGGAGGAGGAGGAGGAGGAUGGGAACACUCUUCAUCAUUAACAUCAUCAUACUACCUUAGUUCAUCUAAUGGCCAUGGAGGAUCUAAAAGGUGGGGAAGAGGAAAGAAAGCUAAGAGAAUGGAGGAAGGUGGUAGGGGAGGAAGUUUGGAAGGUGGUGGUGGAAUGAUGGCAGUAAAGAAAAGGGUGAUGGUGGUCAUAGAUCAGAGUUCAAGAGCUAAGCAUGCUAUGAUGUGGGCUCUAACUCAUGUGGCUAAUAAAGGAGAUUUGCUUACUCUUCUUCAUGUUGUUCCUAGUCAUUCUAAUGCUUCUUCUACUCAUAGAACUGAUGACAUUCCUCAACUUGCUAACUCUCUUGGUUCUCUAUGCAAGGCUUGCAAAUCUGAGGUGGAGGUGGAGGCACUGGUUAUACAAGGACCAAAGUUGGGAACAGUGCUGAGCCAAGUGAAGAAACUAGAGGCUUCUGUGCUGGUGUUGAGCCAGGGCAAGCCAUCACCUAUUUGCUGCUUGUUUAGGAGUAACAGUGAGGAGUUUGUGGAGCAAUGCAUCAACCAAGCUGAAUGUUUAACACUUGCAGUGAAGAAACAGAGCAAUGGUGUUGGUGGGUACCUUGUGAGCACUAGAUGGCAAAAGAACUUCUGGCUAUUGGCCUGAUUAACAACACCAUGAACAUGAAUUCUCUAACAAAUAGUAUAACUUGUUAUCUACUACUACUACUACUACUACUACUACUAUCUACUACUACUACUGUGUCUAUCUGUGCUGUUCUUCUUGUAAUUUGUAAACCAAAACCUUUUAAUCUCAUCUCUUCUGUCUACUUAACUGAUUUCCAGUA